AAAAGGGGAAUUUCGUCCCAAAUCAAAGGAAUGAAGUCUGGCUCCGGAGGAGGGUCCCCGACCUCGCUGUGGGGGCUCGUGUUUCUCUCCGCCGCGCUCUCGCUCUGGCCGACGAGUGGAGAAAUUUGUGGGCCGGGGAUCGACAUCCGCAAUGACUAUCAGCAGCUGAAGCGCCUGGAGAACUGCACAGUGAUUGAGGGAUUCCUCCAUAUCCUGCUCAUCUCCAAGGCUGAGGACUACCGCAGCUACCGCUUCCCCAAGCUCACAGUCAUCACCGAGUACUUGCUUCUGUUCCGUGUGGCUGGUCUCGAGAGCCUUGGGGACCUCUUUCCAAACCUUACCGUCAUCCGCGGCUGGAAACUCUUCUAUAACUACGCCCUGGUCAUCUUCGAGAUGACCAACCUCAAGGAUAUUGGGCUUUACAAUCUGAGGAACAUAACUCGGGGGGCCAUCAGGAUUGAGAAGAAUGCUGACCUCUGUUACCUCUCCACGGUGGACUGGUCCCUGAUCCUGGAUGCCGUGUCUAAUAACUACAUUGUGGGGAACAAGUCCCCAAAGGAAUGUGGGGACCUGUGUCCAGGGACCAUGGAGGAGAAGCCAGUGUGCGAGAAGACCACCAUCAACAAUGAGUACAACUAUCGCUGUUGGACCACAAAUCACUGCCAGAAAAUGUGCCCGACCGUGUGCGGGAAGCGUGCAUGCACCGAGAACAAUGAGUGCUGUCACCCCGAGUGCUUGGGCAGCUGCCACACACCUGAUGACAACACGACCUGCGUGGCCUGCCGGCAUUUCUUCUACAAAGGCAUGUGUGUGCCCAUCUGCCCACCAGGCACCUACAGAUUUGAGGGCUGGCGCUGUGUGGACCGCGACUUCUGCGCCAACAUCCCCAACGCUGAGAGCAGUGACUCCGAGGGCUUUGUCAUCCAUGAUGGCGAGUGCAUGCAGGAGUGCCCCUCUGGCUUCAUCCGCAAUGGCACCCAGAGCAUGUACUGCAUCCCUUGCGAAGGCCCUUGCCCCAAGGUCUGCGGGGAGGAAGACAAGAAAACAAAAACCAUUGAUUCUGUUACUUCUGCUCAAAUGCUCCAAGGAUGCACCAUCUUCAAGGGCAAUUUGCUCAUUAAUAUCCGCCGAGGCAAUAACAUUGCCACAGAGCUGGAGAACUUCAUGGGGCUCAUCGAGGUGGUGACAGGGUAUGUGAAGAUCCGCCACUCCCAUGCCUUGGUCUCCUUGUCCUUUCUGAAAAACCUUCGCCUGAUCCUAGGAGAGGAGCAGCUGGAAGGGAACUACUCCUUCUAUGUCCUGGACAACCAGAACUUGCAGCAGCUGUGGGACUGGGACCAUCGCAACCUGACCAUCAAGUCAGGGAAAAUGUACUUUGCUUUCAAUCCCAAGCUGUGUGUUUCCGAAAUUUACCGAAUGGAGGAAAUAACUGGGACAAAGGGCCGCCAGAGUAAAGGGGACAUAAACACCAGGAACAACGGAGAGAGAGCCUCCUGUGAAAGUGAUGUUCUACAUUUCACCUCCACCACCACCUGGAAGAACCGCAUUAUCAUAACCUGGCACCGGUACCGGCCUCCAGACUACAGGGAUCUCAUCAGCUUCACCGUUUACUACAAGGAGGCACCCUUUAAAAACGUUACAGAAUAUGAUGGGCAGGAUGCCUGUGGCUCCAACAGCUGGAACAUGGUGGAUGUGGACCUGCCUCCCAACAAGGAGGGAGAACCUGGCAUCUUACUGCAUGGGCUGAAGCCCUGGACUCAGUAUGCCGUCUAUGUCAAGGCUGUGACCCUCACCAUGGUGGAAAGUGACCAUAUUCGUGGGGCCAAGAGUGAAAUCUUGUACAUUCGCACCAAUGCUUCAGUUCCUUCCAUUCCCUUGGAUGUUCUUUCCGCAUCAAACUCUUCCUCUCAGCUGAUUGUGAAGUGGAAUCCCCCAUCUCUGCCCAAUGGUAACCUGAGCUAUUACAUUGUGAGAUGGCAGCGGCAGCCCCAGGAUGGCUACCUGUACCACCAUAACUACUGCUCCAAAGACAAAAUCCCCAUCAGAAAAUACGCUGAUGGCACUAUUGACGUGGAAGAGGUGACAGAGAAUCCCAAGACAGAAGUAUGUGGUGGCGAGAAAGGGCCUUGCUGUGCUUGCCCGAAAACAGAAGCAGAGAAGCAGGCUGAGAAGGAGGAAGCUGAAUACCGCAAAGUCUUCGAAAACUUCCUACACAACUCCAUAUUUGUGCCCAGACCAGAAAGGAAGCGGAGAGAUGUCAUGCAAGUGGCCAACACCACCAUGUCCAGCCGAAGCAGGAACACCACGGUGGCAGACACCUACAAUAUCACAGAGCCAGAAGAACUCGAGACAGAAUACCCUUUCUUUGAGAGCAGAGUGGACAACAAGGAGAUAACUGUCAUCUCCAACCUCCGGCCUUUUACUCUGUACCGCAUUGAUAUUCACAGCUGCAACCACGAGGCUGAAAAGCUGGGCUGCAGCGCCUCCAACUUUGUCUUUGCAAGAACCAUGCCUGCAGAAGGAGCAGAUGACAUUCCAGGACCAGUGACCUGGGAGGCAAGGCCUGAAAACUCCAUCUUUUUAAAGUGGCCAGAACCUGAGAACCCCAAUGGAUUGAUACUUAUGUACGAAAUAAAAUAUGGAUCACAAGUUGAGGAUCAACGGGAAUGUGUAUCCAGACAGGAAUACAGGAAGUAUGGAGGGGCCAAACUAAACCGACUAAACCCAGGAAACUACACAGCCCGGAUUCAGGCUACCUCUCUCUCUGGGAAUGGGUCGUGGACAGAUCCUGUGUUCUUCUACGUCCCAGCUAAAACAACAUACGAAAAUUUUAUCCAUCUGAUCAUUGCUCUGCCUGUUGCCAUCCUAUUGAUUGUGGGAGGGUUGGUGAUCAUGCUGUAUGUCUUCCAUAGAAAGAGAAAUAACAGCAGACUGGGGAAUGGAGUAUUGUAUGCCUCUGUGAACCCAGAGUAUUUCAGCGCAGCGGAUGUGUAUGUCCCUGAUGAAUGGGAGGUAGCUCGCGAGAAGAUUACCAUGAACCGGGAGCUUGGACAGGGGUCCUUUGGGAUGGUCUAUGAAGGAGUGGCCAAGGGUGUGGUCAAGGAUGAACCUGAAACUAGGGUGGCCAUCAAGACAGUGAACGAGGCUGCAAGCAUGCGUGAACGGAUUGAGUUUCUCAACGAGGCUUCAGUGAUGAAGGAGUUCAAUUGUCACCAUGUGGUGCGGCUGCUAGGCGUGGUGUCCCAGGGCCAGCCUACCCUGGUCAUCAUGGAACUGAUGACACGUGGGGAUCUCAAAAGUUACCUCAGGUCUCUGAGGCCAGAAGUGGAGAAUAAUCCAGUCUUGGUACCUCCAAGCUUAAGCAAGAUGAUCCAGAUGGCUGGAGAGAUUGCAGAUGGCAUGGCAUACCUAAAUGCCAACAAGUUUGUUCACAGAGACCUUGCUGCUCGGAAUUGCAUGGUGGCCGAAGAUUUCACAGUCAAAAUUGGAGAUUUUGGCAUGACAAGAGACAUCUAUGAGACAGACUACUACCGGAAAGGAGGGAAAGGGUUGCUGCCAGUGCGCUGGAUGUCUCCCGAGUCCCUCAAGGAUGGUGUCUUCACUACUCACUCAGAUGUCUGGUCCUUUGGAGUCGUCCUCUGGGAGAUUGCCACACUAGCUGAGCAGCCGUACCAGGGCUUAUCCAACGAGCAAGUCCUUCGCUUUGUCAUGGAAGGUGGCCUUCUGGACAAGCCAGACAACUGCCCCGACAUGCUGUUUGAGCUGAUGCGUAUGUGCUGGCAGUACAACCCCAAGAUGCGGCCUUCAUUCCUGGAGAUCAUCGGCAGCAUCAAGGAUGAGAUGGAGCCCAGCUUUCAGGAGGUCUCCUUCUACUACAGCGAGGAGAACAAGCCGCCUGAGGCAGAGGAGUUGGAGCUGGAGCCCGAGAACAUGGAGAGUGUCCCCCUGGACCCGUCGGCCUCCUCAGCCUCCCUACCAUUGCCUGAAAGACACUCAGGACACAAGGCCGAGAACGGCCCAGGCCCUGGAGUGCUAGUCCUUCGAGCCAGCUUCGAUGAGAGACAGCCUUACGCACACAUGAACGGGGGACGGGCCAACGAGAGGGCCUUGCCACUGCCCCAGUCUUCAACCUGCUGAUUUUGGAUCCCGGAUCCCGUGCAAACAGUAACGUGUGUGCUCACUCAGCAGGGCGGGGGGAGGGUAGAGAGAGCAGGUUUUAACAAUCUAUUCACAAGCCUCCUGUACCUCAGUGGAUCUUCAGAACUGCCAUUGCUGCUCACGGGAGACGGCUUCUCUGCAGUAAAUACAUUUGGGAUGUUCCUUUUUUCAAUAUGCAAGCAGCUUUUUAUUUCCCUACCCAAACCCUUAACUGACAUGGGCCUCUGCAAACCUUAAUGACAACACUUAAUAGCAACAGAACACUUGAGAAUUGAGUUUCCUCAUUCUCUGCCUUUCUUUCUCCCUCCCUUCUUCCUCACUCCCUUCUCUCUCUUUUUCCUUCCUUCCUUCCUCCCUGUUCCUCUCCUGCUCUCUCCUUUCUCCUUUUUCUGCUUCAUAAUGGAAAAAUAUUUGCCACAAGCCCAGCUGGGAAGCCUUUUUUAAAUCAAAUUGAAGAAAUGGCUGUCCCUGGGGCUCCUCAUCACCCCACACAUACCUGCCUGACACCACAGGUCUUUACAAAAAAGAAAAUGAAAAAAUACACACACUGAGAUGGAAUUUUUUACCUGUAUCUUUAACCUUUUUAGGAUCUAAAAUUUGAAAAGGGCCAUUAUUCAUCCAUGGUUGUUACCAUUUUAACGCUGCCAAAUUUUGCCAAAAUCCUGUUCUUUCUCCCUUACACUCCUCAUGCUGAUUUUCUUCUGUCCAAAGGCAAGUGGUUGAACAUGGCAUCCAGUUAAUAAUGCCGUUUAAGAGACAUGUUAGUGAUGCCUCCACCAUGCCCUGGUGUGCUUGUUAAGCCCACAUUCAUCUGGGUCUCAUUGCUUUUGAUGACUAGGUUACCAAUUGGGAGAACUGCACAAGAUGGGACUGUCCCUCUUUGAAGAUGGGGAAAGCUGAACCCAGCCCCCUGUCCUUCUCCCCCUUCCUCCACCCCACCUCUACCAGGAUUCUGGAGGAAAUGGUCCAGAGCAAGCCUGAAAGCCAGGCUCUGGGUCAUGGUGGUCCUUAUAACAGCUCCUUCCCCAAGCCCCAGCCUCCCUCCUGGGCCCUCAAGGCACACAGGUGGAAGGAGUUCCAGGGACCUGGCUGGGCCGUCGGUGCAGGUGUGUAAGGAAGGGGUUCAGACACCACAGCCGCGGGAAGAGCACAGGCAGUGGAUCCAAGCAUUCUAAGCUUUGUUGACAUUUCCUCUGUUCCUAGGACUUCUUCAUGGGUCUCACAGUUCUAUGUUAGACCAUGAAACAUUUGCAUACACAUCGUCUUUAAUGUCACUUUUAUAACUUUUUUACGGUUCAGAUAUUCAUCUAUACGUCUGUACAAAAAAAAAAAAAGCUGCUAUUUUUUUUGUUCUUUAUCUUUGUGGAUUUAAUCUAUGAAAACCUUCAGGUCUACCCUUCUCCCUUUCUGCUCACUCCAAGAAACUUCUUAUGCUUUGUACUAGAGUGUGUGAUUUUUCUUCCUCUUCUCCCAGUAAUGGAUACUUCUAGAACUUAAUUUGCCAUGAACUGUUUGAUGCCUUUUUAUAAAUACAUCCUUCUUCCCCUGCUCCCCAAAACCCCAUUAGUUGUCUUCUAACCGGUUGGCCCUGUGGGCAUGACACUGGUGAGGGGACUGAGGCAGUGGGAGGCCCAGGCCCAGGGUUCCACUUUGGCACACUCUCUUUCCUGUGUCUCCCAUACACCACAUUGGCGUUUGUUACAGUGCAAGACAUGCUGCAAUCUCAGGUCAGAAACGAAAAGGUUGACUAUCUCACACAUCCUUGUUCGGUGUUUAUAUAGUCCCUGUUGUUGAGAGUCACACCUCCUCUCUCCCUCUCUCUUUGUUUUGGUUGUGACACAUAUAUAUUUAUAUAUAUAUAUUUUUAAUUAUUGGGUACAACAGCAGUUUUAACUGCAGACACUAGGCAUUGGGAUUGCUAUUUUUUUUAAUGGAUAGUUAAUCCAUCCCACAGAAACAGCUGCUGAGUCCUGGGGUAUAGCAGCUCCUCUGCCUCCCUCCACAACCAUCCCCACCAGACCAAUCUACCUGUCUAUAACCAGAGCAUCCCAAGGGACUGCCUGCAUGUGGGCGAGGGCAUGAACCCCCCAGAACCCCCAAGGCCAGGACAGCUCUCUCCGAGGUGCACAGGAGUACCCUUCCACACAUCAGGUCUGCAGGCCUAAGUGCCACAGUGGCCAUACAGUCCUUUGUUGCCUCCCAAGGGACCAUAGCCUGGCAGUGACAUGCUGUUCUAUAGCCAGGAAUGUCAGGCCUCGGAGACCCAGGGAUCUUGUUUUGUUUAGUUUUUAGCACUUCUCACCAGAGUGAUGACAGCAGAAGAUGAGAAGGGAAUGUUUAAAUUCUGAGAAAGAACAAAGCUUGAGCGUGGUGACUGGAGAUUAAACACAGAAAGAAAGUCUAGUGCUUUUUUACUUAUUAGUUCAGUCUCAUGACUUCUUCACUAGCCUCUGUCCCACCAUGUUUUCCCUUAAAAAAGAAAAUAAGAAAAAGUUCAUUACAAAGAUAUUAUAUGUAGGAAUUUUCUUUUUAAUUUAUUUUGUGAUACCAGUUUUAAUCACUGUAGAGAAGCCCCCAUUAUGAAUUUAAAUAUUGAGGAAAGAGUUUGUAUGUGUGAGUGUGUGUGUGAAAGUAUGUAAGACAGGACAGUUCUUGUUUUUGGGGUGGUUUUUUUGUUGUUUUUCAAACAUUUAUCUACCUCACUCUUAUUUUUUUAUAUGUGUAUAUAGAAAAAAAGAUUACAUCUCACACUUUCUCAGUAUCUAACAAUAGGCCAUUGAUACUGGUAACCUCAUCCACACCACAGGCCACACCCAGGUGAUGCAGGGAGAGGCCAGGCUGUAUUCUGGGGUCAAAGCAACACUAACUCCCUUCCCUCUCCACUCAUCUCCAACAGCUUUUCCAAGAUGUCUCCUCUCCUCUCAUGUUCCUUUUGUUCACUUUUUCCUCACCUGGUUUCCUCGAAGGUUCCCCAGCUCCUCACCCAGUGCACUCACGAGCCAAGAAAGGUCACCAUGGGGCCACUUUGCUAUACCUGGAAACUGAGUUUGAAACAAAAUGGCCUUAUGCUGAUUUAAUGGUCAACACAUUUUGUCUGUGAGAGAGCAAGUCUCCCUAGGUUUUGAGAGCAGGGAGGUAUCCACACGUAGGCUGUCUGUGGCAAUCCCAUGUGUGCCCAUGUGAGGCACCCAUUUGGCCCCUUCAGCUGCUUCUGUGAGGCCUUUGCUAAGGCAAGGGCCAUGCCACCAGUGUGUUGCUGCAUUGGUUCUGUUCAAAAAUGCAGCCAUGUUAACAGUUAGCUCCUCCCUUGGCCCUCUGCUGCAGACAGAAGACCAGUGUGAUGGAGAAAGGGUCGGGGCUAAGCCUGUGCCUCUGCAGGCUGCUCCCUUACCUCAGCCUCCUCUCCUCAUACCCACCCACCCCCAAGGCUAAACUAGAACUGACCAAACCUUGAGGCUGGAAAGCCAGUGGUCGUUGCCCAGCUGUCCCUGUGGGUUUGUGCCUCCCGCUAGGGCUGUGCCUCUGUCCAUCCCAUCACCCUGCUGCUCACGAGGGUGGACAGUGUGCUCUGUACUUUCAGCAGCUGCUCUUGCAGGCCCUGGGACUUGAGCUGGGUAACACAGUCAGUGGUUUUCCCCCAAGUGUGGGUGUGUACUGCUUAACAGUAUUUAGUACCACAGUUAAGUUCAGGAGCCUUUUCCCUCCUACCAGAAUGCUACCCUUCUCCAAGUCCUGGAAAUUGUUGGGUCAAUGAGAGAUACGUACUGUUUGAUCAGGGUUUUCUUCUUCCACAGUGUCGGUGACCCCUUAGAAUAGUGGCCUCUCCUCUCUUUUGCACAUACCUACCGGUUUCCACAACUGGAUUUCUACAGAUCAUUCAGCUGGUUUUAAGGAUUUUUGUUUAAACUGUCCGAGUUGUUGGUGUCGUUUUGUUUUUGUUUCAUAUAGAUGGUCUUACUUUUAAGUAGAGAGAAAACACUAACAGUGUAGUGCCCAUCAUAACAAAUGCUUCAGAAACAUUUCAAUAAAAGAGAACAUUUUGCUUGUGUGAUGGUGCAGUCAUUUUACUGGACCAACCCAUCCACCUUGAUUAUUCCGAGGCAUCAGUGUCCACAGUUCUAGCCUGACUUCACGCUGACUUUCCCACCUCUUCCUGGUUUUUCUCUUUUGUAUGCUCCACAUCAUCUUAUCAAGCUGAGCUGUGGCAUUUUUCCAUGCACCCUCCUUUCUGACAGCAGCUCACAUUGCUCGAAGUAACAUGAACCACUGAGGCACAUCAUUUAACUGAUGUGAGCAUUGAAACGUUCUCACACGCAGCCCUUCCCUGAGGCAGCAGGAGCUGGUGUAUUGUGGAGAUGUUGAACUUAAGCUGGAAGAGACCAAGAUCACCCAAGGUCUCCUUUAAGUGAUGUCAUAACAUUUGACACUCAUUGGAUUGAAGCUUCCUCCUGGAAGAUGGAAGACUGUGGCCAUCACCACCCUCUCCUUCCGGCCUGUUUCGUAUGACCCAGGACCACAUUUCAAUGGUAGGCACAUUGGCUGCAUAAAACAGAGAAGUGGUUAUGGUGAAACUACCAGAUGGCAGAAUGUUUGGUAUGAAGCAGUGUAUUUUGGUUACAGAGUGAUGAGCUAUGUAUGGUAGCCAGCUCAAGGCAGUACGACCUACCAAAGCCUCUUUCUCAGCAGUCCACCUCUGUUGGUGGGUGGCCACACCUAACACAGGCAGCUGUGUAAUAAAGUUCCACUGAGCUCAGGUGGGUGAGGAUGCUCACCCGAGGUCCUUAGAUGUCACCAUUGGGUCCUUCAAGGGUGUCCAGACAGUGUUGAAAGCAACUCCUUUCCGAAACAUCAGCACCCUGCCGAUGAUAGUACCACUCCUUUGAUAUGCCUUGGCCCAUUCCAGCAGUUCCAGUAAUCCACUUACGGUUUGGGUUUUUUUUUUUUUUAAUGUUAUUUUUGUGUUUGUCAGCCGUCUUUUCAUUUCCUGGGCUAAGCAGCAGCAUUGGGCGAUAUGGACCAGAGAGAUCCAUCCACUUAAGAACCAGUGAUGGUGGUCAGACUUUCUUACUCCACUCUGAACUAGAUGGUGGUACAAAUGAGAACUUCAAGAGAGGAUGCUGUUUAGAUUGAAUCUCUGUUGCCAGAGAUGCUGAAGAUAGAGACCUCGAACAGGCCAGAGGGUCUUGUUCUGGGCCUCCAACUUGGAUGACUAGGUGGCCAUUUAGAGAAUGAACGUUCUUUGAUGGUGGGAUGACCCCACAGUAGGAAACCAUGGUAAAAGGGAUCAUGACAUGAAGACGUGAAUUGCUGGCAGAAGGGUACCGGGCUUGGAAGAAGCAUGGACCAUGUUUUGAACUUGAUGGUUUCUGAAGGUGUCAGACCACAUCCAGGCUCCACAGUCAUCCAUGGGCAUUUGCUUUCAGCACAUAAACCUAACAUCCUGCUCUGGAAACUUAACAUAGACUUAAGUCACAUUGUUCAAGAAUGCAGACUCCAUACACUCAUCAGUUGAGUUAUCAGUUCUGGGGCAUGACCUUAGGGUUUUGUUUUAUUUUGUUUCUGUAAGAACAUAGUAAUCACCCGUGUACGUCCACGUGUGUGUCUGCAUUUUUCCAGUAAACAUGUUUUACUUAGUCACCCACUAGCAUUUCCCAUAGGGCUUCUACGUCCAGUAGAUUACGGGUAGUCAGCUGACGAAGAUCUGGUUUACAAGAACUAAUUAAAUGUUUCAUUGCAUUUUUGUAAGAACAUAGAAUAAUUUUAUAAAAUGUUUGUAGUUUAUAAUUGCCGAAAAUAAUUUAAAGACACUUUUUUUCUCUGUGUGUGCAAAUGUGUGUUUUUGAUCCAUUUUUUAGAACACCUGUUUUAAAUAGCAAGCUUUACAAUAUGCCAAAAAAAAAUUAAGGAACAAAAAACAGAUUUCCUCUCCCACCCCGGGACCCAAGCUAAGGUCCCUCUUCCUUCCCCCAUGCUUUGUGCCCUUGUUUAUAACAAAGGAAUGAUGGUGAUUGAAAAAGUAGUUCUGUAUCUUCAGUAUCUUGGUCUUCUAGAACGCUCUGCUGGGGAAGGGACUCAUCUUUUACUGAUCAUUUCCUUUUGAAGUGUGGCAAUUUUAACAGAUGGAAAGAACCUCAUUGGCCAUGGAAACAGCAGAGAUGUUGGUGCCCAGCAGUGUGUGACAUUGUUCGGCAUCUGGCUUGCCUGGUUUGGUAGUUGUCAUUGUUCUGCAGUGCCGUAGAGAUGGAAGGACUUCAGGGCACAGCAAAUGAUUGUCACAAUGAUCACACAUACGAUUCUAGAAUCCAGGCCAUUGUUUAUAUGCCUCAUAUCCUGAUCAGUGCUUGGUUCUAACAAGGAAGAGACCUUAUUUGUGUUUCAAGCAGAAUGCUGAAGAUACUUUUCAGUACAAAACAAUUCUUUUUAAUAAAACUCACAACAUGCCCCACUUUUUUUUUUAAGUGAAAUCCCAUGUCCUUUGGUUCCCAGCACAUUAUUGGCCAUGUCUACACAACUCCACAAAAUACCCAUUGUUGGAAACAUCUGGAAUUUUCAUACUCCAUAAGAGAAAGGUCCAGAAGUCAUUUGUUUUCAGCUUCUCGUCUGGAUGCUAGGCAUUGCACAGGUGUGUCUGCAGGUGUGGCAGAUGCCUGGGAAACACCUGUCUGCUUCCUAAGCCAGUGAGGUUGGGGUGAGAGGCUUGCCAGAGUUUGUCUACCUCUGGGAUUUAAAAAAAAAAAUCAAACCAGAAGGCGCGAUGGAAUGGAUGCAUCGCAAAUAAUGCAUUUUCUGAGUUUUCUUGUUAAAGUUUUCUUAAAAAAGUAAAAACAACAAAAAAACAUAACAAUAUGGCCAAUUUGUUACAUAAAAUGACUUUCUGUGUAUAAAUUAUUCCUAAAAAUUCUUCUGUUUAUAUAAAAAAAAUCAGUAGAUAAAAAAUUCAAAAUGUUUUGUAUAUUCUGUUGUAAGAAUUUAUUCCUGUUAUUGCGAUAUACUCUGGAUUCUUUACAUUAUGAGGAAAAAAAAAAGAAACUUUGUCUAUUUUGAAUGGCUGAAGCUAAAGCCACUUUAGUUUCUCUUACUUGGCUUUUUUCUAGUAGUUAAAGUACUACAUGAGUUAAGUUAAAUAAAAGAAUUCUGUAUGCA